AACUCUUUAAAAAUUAAUUAUAUUCAUAUUAUAAUUACUGAGACUCUCUAAUCUCCAUCUCCAAAGUCUCUGAGCCAAAUUGCUCUUCAGUGUUUUUUUUUUUUCUAAAUAUUUUCUUUUUGUCUUGUUUUUUCUGAUUAUAAUCUCUCUCCAUUUCCCUUCCUCUCUGCAAUCAAAGACAGUAACUGAAAAUACCAGAAUACCAAAACAUAUAGAGAGAGAAGGGAAAAUUAUCAAAAUAAACUUGUAUAGUAAUCAUAAUAAUGAUAGAAUAACAUUUUUUUUUUUGGUUUUUGGUUCUCUCUUAGCUUCUAUUACUGGUUGUUUUUCUUUGUGGUUUUUGUCACCCAAUUUGAUUUUUUGGGUUUGAUAUCGAGCCUCUCUUAUCAUCGGUUUCUCAGGACUUCGGCUGGGGACUUGCACAAUGCAACCAGAUUACUUGUUAAGAUUGAUCCAAGAAGUCUGGGUGUUUCAAGUGUUCUCAUAAGUGUACAUGCAAACCACUAUACCUGCUGGACACUUGGAGUAUUGCUUAGAACCUUAGCAGUUUAAUUAGGUGGUAUAAGUCGUUUCUUAUGCAAAGAAAAUUGAGUGCUGUUGAUUCUUUCCCAGAAAACAUUGACACUGAUCAGGGAUCUGCUUCAAAUAGUACUACUAUGAGUCAACAAUCUUCUAUAAAUAACAUGCUAAAUCCAGUCGAAAAUAGGCUGUCAAGUGAUGCUGUAUCUUAUGAUGAGGCAUCAUGUGUAAAUGCUAUUUCUCAUGAUGUUCAGAGCUUCAGUGGAUGGACAUUGGGUGAAUCUAGCUCAAGGAUAAAUCUGCUAAAUCAAGCCAUUGAUGAUGGGAUGGAAAUGGAAGAAAGGUGGUCUUCUUUAGUUAAUACUCAUAAUGUGGUUGGUCCAAGGUCAGGAGAAAGGCGAUUUGAACCAAAUGAUAUCCUGUUGCCGGGGAGGGGUAGUAUUGGCAUCAGUAGCAAUCAUGUGAGAAGUGAGCAAUCACUUUUGCAGGGUUCCAGCUCUAACAGUCUCCUGCCAAAUUUGAAUACAAGUGGAGGGUAUGUGGAUGACAGUAGCAGUGACCGGCAUGGUACAGGAAGGGCUUUAGGCCCUAAUCGUUUCAAUUCUGAAGGAUUAAAUCUUGGGCAGGCAUAUACCGGUGCUUCUUCUAAUAAUGUUGGCCCAUCUGGAAGUUCUGGUAAUCUGUUGGAGGAAACUAGUGGUGGUUCUAGUUCCUCUCUAGGUGGUUGGGGUUUGUCCUGCAAGAGAAAGGCUUCUGGACAUUCUUAUCCUGGUGGGAGUUCAAGUUGCUUUCCACAUGCUGAAAAUGGUGCAUGGAGUUCAGGUACUAAUCAUAAUUCUUCAAGCAGCUUAAGUUUAUCUCCUCCCUCGUGGAAUUCUCCUAGUGUUAGCCCUCCUGAACAGUCAAAUACAAGAAUUGGUUUUGGUGUGAGAGGAGUGGCUUCUGAUGCCGUUCCUUCUUCAAGUGUUACUGGAAAUGCAGAUCCUCUGAGAAAUAUUGGUAGGAGGAUAAAUGCCAGUCAUCAACAGGAACCUCCAAUGUUUAAUUUAUCAACAACUGGUGGUGCUAGGCAUCCUAAUUUUUGGUUGAUGAAUCAGUCUCUUAGACCUGUCCCAUUUAGUGAUUCCAUGGACCUUAGAUCAAUUCCAACAGCAAAUUCGAGUCCUCCUCAGGGCCCCGCUCAUGCUAUGCAUGCUUCUGCUUCCUCAAGAACCAUGCAUCCUUUUCCUUGGAAUGGAUCUUCUACUUCAAGAGCUGGGAAUUCAUCUAGUUCCGAUAUUUCUGGAGAAAGAGGUUCUGCAUUACGAGAGGCGGCAAACUUAAGAAGCAUCUCAAGAAACAGUGGGGAGCGUUCCAUGUUUGUCCCUAUAACUGAGAUGAGAAACACGGGACAAGAUCCAGCAGGUUGGAGUUUGGCUACUGGAAACAUGAGCUCUUCAGCCAGUGCCUCUUCUACCAGAGUCAGUCCCAGUUCAAGCAUGCAUUCUUUGCCCUCUCCCACCUGGCUUCCUCAACAUAACCCCACAUCACAGAAUCAGCAGAGGUUUUCAGAAUUUGCUCCUUGGUCCCUGUUUCCAUCUAUGGAGUCUGAGUCUGGUAGUCACAGUGGUCAUUUCCUUUCAUCUUCUGGGCCUUCUGCUUCCUCUCAAGAGACGAUUAUGUCUUCUGGAUCUAGCGGCCAUGGUCAUGUUCAACCGUUUCUAAGGUCUGCAUUCUUGAUGGAAGGACAAAGUGAUGAUGUUCUAGGGAUGCCUCGUUCAUUGAGAGCUUUAGCUGCUGAUAUUGAAGGGAGACAUCAGCUAAUAUCUGAGAUUCGUCAAGUCCUGAAUGCCAUGCGCAGGGGUGAAAACCUUCGGGUUGAGGAUUAUAUGCUUUUUGAUCCGUUCACACAUCAUAGUAUGGCCGAAGUGUAUGACAGGCACAGGGAUAUGCGCCUUGAUGUUGAUAACAUGUCUUAUGAGGAAUUGUUGGCAUUGGAAGAACGCAUAGGGGAUGUGAAUACUGGACUAAGUGAGGGGACAAUCUUGAAGUUAAUGAAGCAGCAAAAAUAUGUUUUCAUGAUAGCAGAUAACCCAGCAGAUUUGGAGCCAUGUAGUAUCUGUCAGGAAGAGUAUGUGGACGGGGAUGAUCUUGGAACGCUAGAUUGUGGACAUGUCUUCCAUACCAACUGCAUCAAACAGUGGUUAGUGUUGAAAAAUAUAUGCCCCAUUUGCAAGAUGACAGCUCUACCUGCGUAGAAGAAAGAUGCUUAGAAAGCUUGCUUUAGCUGUUGUUCUAAUGGAUUGUCAAUCCAGCAACCGGGUGGAUGAUAUCCUAAAUAUGCCUCAUUUGAUUGAAACAAAUUUUACUCUUUAUGAACUGGAUAAUUUAAAGAGAGGAGCUGCUGUCCGUUAUAAGUUGCAGCAGGAGUGAUUAAGGGUUCGUCCCCCUUCUGAGCAUUAUGACAAUUAUGAAUACAUAGAAUAAUAUGGUUAAACAUUGUCAAAGCUUUUUGAAGGAUUCAUCUGUUGUACGGUUGACAUUAUUUUCAUUCAAAUGCAUUAUCAGACAAAUGAUUGAACUUA